CAUUUUGUCAACAAGUAUACGGAAUUUGUGCGCAGUCUUUAGAUGAACAUGCUGGGACUGCAAUCCUACGGCAGCUCCUCCGAGGGUGAAUCGGACCACGAGCAGGGCAAGGAUGCAGCGCAAGAGUUGCCCGCGCAUUUACAGCCGGUGGACAAAACGCAUUCGCUAUCCACAGCGCUGGCAGUUUGUGCGGCGCCCGAAGUAGUGCCGAUGGGAGCUGCAGCCGUUGCGCGAACGCUAGAUCCAACGCUUAAGGAAGUCACCUACAAUCCACGCUACGAUGAGAUGUAUGCGCCCGUCCAGGGCCCAGAGCAUCCAGAUUUGACCAUGCAACAACGGGCGCCGCGCAACACGCUUGCUGGCUAUGUGGAGAAGGCACACAUAAAUGCAUUUGAAUUUGAGAAUCAGCGGCGCACGUUCCACACCUAUGGCUAUGCCUUAGACCCCACAGUCGAUGAGGCUGCCGAUGGACAGUCCUACGUUGGUGACUUGCAAUCCGCAUAUGAUGACAAUGGCAAAACGGUAUUUGAGGCGCCCAAGCCAAAAAAAAUGCGCAAACAAGAGAAAAAUGAUAAUCCAGAAGAUGUGGAGGGUUUCCUGGGGCCAUGGGGCAAGUUCGAGAAUGAGGUGAGCGUCGCCAAACCUAAUGAACAAGAACGCGCCGAGCUGGAUGAGCUGCUCUCCAAGCGGCACAAACGCGGACGCAUACCCGAGGACAAACCGCUCGAAGAAAAGUCCACGUUGCACAUCAAGGAUGCUUACGAUUACCAAGGGCGCUCGUACCUACACGCACCACAUGAUUUGGGCGUCAAUUUGCGUUCGAACGCGCCUCCGCCAAAAUGUUUUCUGCCCAAGGCACACAUACACACCUGGACGGGCCACAACAAAGGCAUCUCGUCCAUACGCUGGUUUCCCAAGACGGCGCAUUUGCUACUCUCCGGCUCAAUGGAUUGUCGCGUCAAGCUGUGGGAGGUCUAUGGCGAUCGACGUUGCGUGCGUACGUUCUCAGGCCAUCGGCAGGCCAUUAAAGAUAUUGCGUGGAACAACAAGGGCUCGCAUUUUCUGUCUGCCUCGUAUGAUCGCUAUAUAAAAUUAUGGGAUGCGGAGACGGGUGAUGUCGUCUCGCGCUUUACUACACGCAAAAUGCCCUUCUGCGUUAAGUUUCAUCCGGAUAACAGCAAGCAGCAUCUCUUUGUGGCCGGCACCUCUGACAAAAAGAUCAUUUGCUGGGACACGCGAAGCGGCGAUAUUGUGCAGGAAUAUGAUCGUCAUUUGGGCUCUGUCAGCACAAUUACCUUUGUGGAUGAUAAUCGUAGAUUUGUGACUACCUCAGAUGACAAAUCCAUGCGCAUCUGGGAAUGGGACAUACCCGUGGACAUGAAGUACAUUGCUGAUCCUACAAUGCAUUCCAUGCCUGCAGUCACGCUGGCGCCCAAUGGCAAAUGGAUGGCCUGUCAAUCGUUGGACAACAAAAUCGUGAUAUUCUCCGCCUUGAAUCGCUUCAAAAUGAAUCGCAAGAAGACCUUCACUGGACACAUGGUCUCUGGUUAUGCCUGCCAGCUAGACUUUUCGCCGGACAUGAGCUAUCUGGUGUCGGGCGAUGGCGAUGGGAAGUGCUAUAUAUGGGACUGGAAGACGACGAAAAUGUACAAAAAAUGGCAGGCGCACGACGGCGUCUGCAUCAGUGCACUUUGGCAUCCGCAUGAGGCCAGCAAACUAGUUACUGCCGGCUGGGAUGGUCAGCUUAAAUAUUGGGAUUAAAGUAAACAACUAGCUAGUGCAGUUGUAAGCUCAAGUGUAACAUAUUAAUUGACUAAAUGAGAAGACCACAAAGUUUACCUCUAAAAAAAAA